AGAGGGGGAGGUAGUCUGAAAGAGGGAUGUUGUGAGAGGAGAGGGGGAGAGGGUGACGUCACUAGUUGGAUUGCAGUGUUGAGUCCUGCUAACUACUAUAAUCCUGAUUAGGAAACCGAAGGGAAAAACCCAGGAGCCCUGAAUGACAGAACGAGAAAGAAGGAGGAGAGACGAGAGACAGAAUAAGAAGAGGAGUAAUUUUAAUCUGGGAAUUAGGAGCGUAGGAAUCACAGAAACUACAGAAAAGGAACCACAUAACCACAGUCAGGAUGCCCACUAAUGGGACAAACCGUCCGCUGAAGCUGCAGUUUGGUCUGAUCAAUCAUGAGAGUUGCUACCUCACCGCAGAGGCCUUUGGCUUCAAGGUGAAUGCGUCGGCCCCCAGUCUGAAGAGGAAGCAAGUGUGGACGUUAGAGCAGGACUCCCAGGACCCCCAGGUGGUCUACUUCCGCAGCCACCUGGGCCGCUACCUGGCCUCCGACAAGGAUGGCAAGGUCACCUGCGAGGCCGAGGGCCAGAACACAGACUGCCGCUUCCUGAUCGCUGCCCAAUCAGACGGCCGCUGGGCACUGCAGUCGGAACCCUAUCUGAGGUUCUUCGGAGGUUCCCGGGACUACCUGUCCUGCUUCACCCAGGGGAUCACAGAGGCGGAGCUGUGGGCAGUACACCUGGCGCUCCACCCGCAGGCCAACCUGCUCAGUGUGGCCCGCAAGCGCUACGCCCACCUGUCUCCUGACGACAGCGAGAUCGCCGUGGACCGGAACAUUCCCUGGGGCGUGGCAGCGCUCCUGACGCUUGUCUACCUGGAUGGGAAGUACCGGCUCAAGACCUGCGACAGCCGUUACCUAGGCAAUGACGGGAAGCUGUCAGCGGAGAGCGGGAGGGACACAGGGUACACGCUGGAGCUGAAGUGUGGGAAGCUGGCGUUUAAGGACUGUGAGGGGAAGUACCUGAGUCCAAUGGGCCCCACGGGGACACUGAGGUCUGGCAGGUGCAGCAAGCCGGGGAAGGACGAGCUGUUUGACCUGGAGGAGAGCCACCCUCAGGUGGUGCUGAUGGCAGCCAACAGUAAAUAUGUGUCUAUACGGCAAGGAGUGAGCAUCUUGGCCAAUCAGGAGGACGAGACAGACCUGGAGACGUUCCAGAUGGAGAUAGACAAGGAGAGCAGGAAGUGUCUGUUCCGGACUAACGAGGGGAAAUACUGGGCCCUGGAGGCCCAUGGAGGCAUCCAGACUACGGCCACAGAGAGGUCUGCCAACACCAUGUUUGCAGUGGAGUGGAUGGGCCGCAGGGUGGCACUACAAGCCAGUAACGGGAAAUACAUCUGCACCAAGAAAAACGGCCAACUGGCAGCCGUCAGCGACUCCGUAGGUGAGGAUGAGAAGUUGGUUCUGAAGCUGAUAAACCGUCCCAUGCUGAUCCUGCGAGGGGAGAACGGCUUCAUCUGCCACCAUAAGCACUCCAACACGCUGGAUGCCAACAGAUCAGUCUAUGACAUCUUCACACUGCACUUCAGUGACGGGGCCUACCACAUCAAAGGUGUGGGAGGGAGGUUCUGGUAUGUCAACAGCAGUGGUCUGGUGUGUUCAGACGGAGAGACACCAGAUGACUUCUCCUUUGAGUUCCUGGAGCACGGACGCAUCUCCAUCCGAUGCAAAAACGGCAGAUACCUGCGAGGCCAGGGGGGCACGCUGAAGGGCGAUGGGGCUACCCCGGACAGCUCUGCCCUCUGGGAGUACUGAUCCAGGACUAUAUGGGGACUACUCUCCUACCCUGCUGGAUGUAGAGGUUACCCCCAAGCACAGAUCUAGGAUCAGAUUGGGGCACAUUACCACAUUACCCUAACCCCCAUGUCCUAAGAUUAAUUAAUAGAUUGGUAAAGAAUAUCUGACCCUGGACCAGUAGUUAGUGGCAACUUCUGCCCUCCCCCAUAGGGCCCUUUCUGGCCCUGUAUCACCCCCAUCAACCUACUCCUGGCAUGCCAGCCACAGGAGAUGGCACAAAGAGAUAAAAAAAUACUAUUUUCACAGGGGAGGCGGGGAGAAGACAGAAGAGGGAGCAGGGGUCCCAUGUUUUCAGUUAAGAAGAGCCUGGUCAGAAAAAUAUGUGAUGUUUGUUGGCGUCAACACUGUUCAGUGUCCAAACAACGUUAUGCAUUACAGGCCUAUGAGAACUUUAAUAUGUUAUUUUUAAUCAACAUGUUACUAGUGAAAGUCAAGGUUCAGGGUAACUAUCAUACUGACACACACAGAGGAGUAGUCAUGGCUUGGGUUUUCAUUUUGCAACAUUGUUUUAGCUACAACACCACUAUUCAUGAUACGGCAGUAAUUAAACUACUACUAUUUCCAUUGUCCACACACAGAGGAGUAGUCAUGGCUUGGGUUUCCCGUUUUGAAGUUUCUUCUGGUUUCUACUGGUCCUCUGUAGCUCAGUUGGUAGAGCAUGGCGCUACCAGGAUAGUAGAUUUGAUUCCCGGGACCACA